CCACAAAAAGAUGUAAAAGAAGAAAUUCCCAGUUUUAUUUUCCAAAAAAGAAAAAGAAAUCCCCACCCCGUCUUAGCUAGUGGAGUAUGUAUGUAUAAUCCUUCUGAGCUCACUUCUAUUUUCUUCCAACAUUAAUAAGCUCCCACUCUGUCCAUUACUUCUUAUGUUCUUCUUCCCAAACUCCUCUUGCCUCUUAAUUACAAAACCUCCUCAUUUUUUCCCGUACAUUACGUGAAAAAGUGAAAAAGAACACACAGAGAGUUAUUAUUAGGAGAAAGUGAAAAAGAACACAGAGAGUAUUAUUAGGAGAAAAAGUAAAGCAUCUCUUACUCCUGUAAUAAUUUAAGUAAUUUGCUUGGUCUUAUGUUGCGCCAAUCUCCUUCAGGAAAAUUUUCAGAGAAACAAACUGCUGAUGACUGAACAAGGAAAGCUGGUUUUCUGAAGGAUUUAGCAAGUGAAUAUCAUAGGUUGGGGUAUCCAUGUAAACAAGGCCAUUCAGUGGUUCAAGAGGGUUUUGAAAGAUGGGAAAAGAGUACAGUGCAUCACCGAAGCUUCACCAGCUUGAAUCAAAGAGGAAGCGUCUCACUUGGAUCCUGGCUGUUAGCGGCCUCUGCAUAUUGUCCUAUCUUCUGGGUGCUUGGAAUACUAAAACUCCUACUCCCUCUACCCAAUCUGAAGUUUACACCCGAGUUGGUUGUAAAGACGAGGGAUCCCCUUCUGCAACAUCUGGGGGCCGCGGUGGUGAUGGAUCAUCAGUAGAAUUGCCUUCAUCAGUCCUGGACUUUGAAAGCCAUCAUCAGUUGGUGGUCAACAGUUCUGAGGAAACCCAACAGUUCCCCCCUUGUGACUUUGCCUACAGCGAAUACACUCCAUGCCAGGAUCCAAAUAGAGGGAGGAAAUUUGAUCGCAACAUGUUGAAGUACAGAGAGAGACACUGUCCGUCUAAGGAAGAGCUGCUCCGGUGCCUGAUACCCGCUCCACCAAAUUACAAGAGCCCUUUCAAAUGGCCACAGAGCAGAGACUAUGCCUGGUAUGGCAACAUUCCCCACAAAGAACUCAGCAUUGAGAAGGCUGUUCAGAACUGGAUACAAGUCGAGGGAGAUCGGUUUCGAUUCCCUGGGGGAGGCACCAUGUUCCCUCGUGGUGCUGAUGCUUACAUCGAUGAUAUUGCUGACCUCAUCCCUCUUACUAGUGGAAAUAUCCGGACUGCCAUUGAUACAGGCUGUGGAGUUGCUAGUUGGGGUGCUUACCUGUUGCAGAGGGACAUCAUAGCCAUGUCUUUUGCACCGAGGGAUACACACGAAGCACAGGUUUGGUUCGCUUUGGAGCGUGGAGUUCCUGCUAUGAUUGGCAUCAUGGCUUCAAAGAGACUUCCUUAUCCUUCUAGGGCUUUUGACAUGGCUCACUGUUCCCGUUGCUUAAUCCCUUGGCAUCAGUAUGGUGGAAUGUAUCUAGCUGAAGUGGACAGAGUUCUAAGGCCUGGUGGUUAUUGGAUACUCUCUGGCCCUCCUAUCCGCUGGAAGAAAUACUGGAGAGGUUGGGAAAGAACAGAAGAAGAUCUGAAACAGGAGCAGGAUGCUAUUGAGGAUGUUGCCAGGCGCCUCUGCUGGAAGAAACUGAUUGAAAAGGGUGAUCUCGCCAUAUGGCAGAAGCCCAUCAAUCAAAUCGAGUGUGUUCAGAGCCAGAAAACUCCAAACAUAUGCAAAUCAGACAAUGCUGAUGCUGCUUGGUAUACCAACAUGGAGAACUGCAUCACCCCACUGCCAGAGGUAGGGAGCUCAGAUGAAGUUGCUGGUGGUGCAUUAGAGAAAUGGCCUGACCGUGCAUUUGCCAUCCCCCCUAGGAUAAAUAGUGGUUCAAUGCCUGGCAUCACGGUAGAGAAAUUCAGGGAGGAUAAUGAAAUGUGGAAGGACCGUGUGACACACUACAAACGUAUUAUUAGUGCCUUACAACAAGGACAUUACCGGAAUGUAAUGGACAUGAAUGCUUACCUAGGCGGAUUUGCAGCAGCCUUGUUGAAAUAUCCUGUUUGGGUAAUGAAUGUGGUUCCUGCCAGUUCAGAUCGCAACACUCUUGGCAUUAUCUAUGAACGGGGUUUCAUUGGGACCUACCAGGAUUGGUGCGAGGCAUUUUCAACAUAUCCUAGAACAUAUGAUCUUAUCCAUGCAGGUGGUGUCUUCAGCUUAUAUCAGGAUAGGUGCGACAUAACCUAUAUCCUUCUAGAGAUGGAUAGAAUUCUGCGACCUGAAGGAACCGUCAUUUUUAGAGAUGUGGUGGAGAUUCUAGUGAAGAUUAAAAGUAUAACAGAUGGAAUGAAAUGGAAGAGCCAGAUUAUGGACCAUGAAAGCGGACCAUUUAAUCCAGAGAAAAUUCUUCUUGCUGUCAAAAGUUACUGGACCGGUGAAGCUAAACAGGAGCAAAACUAGUGCAAAAUUGCAGUAGGCGUCGUUUGCUUGUGGUUCCUCAUCCUAAAUCUUCUCAGGGGCUAUGCUGUUUCCUUGGAUUCUACUCAAAGAUAGUUAUUGCUUUCAUUUGGGAAGAAAAUUAGGUUAGCCAAUUAUGUUUUGUAGGGUUACGGUGGCUUUCCUAUUCGUUUUUAUAUACGGUAGGUUAUGUUUUGUUCGUUCUCUUUACGCUGGGUAGUGCGUAAGGGUGGAAUGUUGAUUGCCAGUACUUGUAAGAGUAUGUGCUUGGGUUGCAAUCAUUGCAAAUUUGCAAUUUUUAUGGUUAGGAUCAACUACCUCAUGUAUGAAGGAAUUAAUAGUGAGGCGAAAGAGUUGAAGUAGCCUUUUGUAACUCUUUCCUAAGAUGAAGCUUAAUUAUCAAAUAAAACUCUUAAA